GGCGUCGGCGCCGUCUCUUCGCCUUUAGCUCCAGGUGUCUGAGAGGAGAAAGAUGCAUCGAUUCUGCUCACGGGACUUCACGGGGAUUUCUACCGCCACCACCGACUCGUCCUUCGCCUGCCUCCGCCAAUCCCCUCCACUGCCUCGGUCCGGGAAGUCAGCCCCGCAGAGACGCUGUAGUAAAAAGCGCUCCUGCUCCUCCAUCGGCUGAUUGUCGCUGAGACCCGGGCGGGGGGGAACCGAGAGACCGAGACCCACAGAGGGGAGCUGCGCACCGCCGGUAGCCAUGCCCAAGUCAAAGAAGCGAGGGAGCAACCACCAGCGCGGAGCAGGUGGUCAGCACAGAAAUGUGCAGCCUUUCAGUGAUGAGGAUGCAUCAAUUGAGACUAUGAGCCACUGCAGUGGCUUCAGUGACCCUGCUAGCUUCACUGAAGAAGGACCUGAAGUUGAUGAAGAAGCAACCCAAGAAGACUUCGAGUACAAGUUAAAGGGAUUCAUUGACCUUACCUUGGACAAGAGUGCGAAGACAAGACAAGCAGCUCUUGAAGGUUUAAAAAAUGCUCUGACUUCUAAAAUACUAUAUGAAUUUAUCCUGGAAAGGAGAAUGACUUUAACUGAUAGCAUUGAACGCUGCAUAAAGAAAGGUAAGAGUGAUGAACAGUCCGCAGCGGCAAGGCUGGCAUGUCUUCUCUGUGUGCAGUUGGGGUCGGGAAUUGAAAGUGAAGAGAUCCUUAAGACCCUUGGACCAGUUCUCAAGAAGAUAAUCUGUGAUGGAACAGCUAGUAUCCAGGCUAGACAGGCUAGUGCAACCUGCUUGGGAGUUUGCUGUUUCAUAGUCACUGAUGAUAUUACUGAACUGUAUUCAACUAUGGAGUGUCUGGAAAACAUAUUCACAAAAUGGUAUCAGAGAGAGAGCGACACUAAUGGCAUUUCUAGCACCCACAACACAGUGCUUCACAUCAGUGCACUUUUAGCAUGGACUCUGUUGCUGACCAUCUGCCCAGUGAGCGAAGUGAAGAAAAAACUUGAAAUGCACUUACACAAACUUCCAAACCUCUUAUCUUGUGAUGAUGUCAACAUGAGAAUUGCUGCUGGAGAAACACUAGCUCUUCUGUUUGAACUGGCACGAGAAACGGAAGCUGAUUUCUUUUAUGAAGACAUGGAACUUUUAACACAGAAACUGAGGGCCCUGGCUACAGAUGGAAACAAGCACCGUGCCAAAGUAGACAAAAGAAAGCAGCGAUCUGUUUUCAGAGAUGUCUUGCGAGCAGUAGAGGAGCGUGACUUCCCUACAGAGACUGUCAAAUUUGGACCUGAGCGCAUGUAUAUUGACUGCUGGGUUAAGAAACACACAUAUGAUACCUUCAAGGAAAUUCUGGGAUCAGGGAUGCAAUAUCAUUUGCAGUCCAAUGAGUUUCUUCGGAAUGUGUUUGAACUUGGACCACCAGUAAUGCUUGAUGCUGCAACUCUUAAAACAAUGAAGAUACCCCGUUUUGAAAGGCACUUGUACAACUCUGCAGCAUUCAAGGCUCGAACAAAGGCUAGAAGCAAAUGUCGUGACAAAAGAACAGAUGUGGGUGAAUUUUUCUAGAUCUUCCAUGUGGGAUCCAAGGUUGAAGACUUUGAUAAUUUCAUAAUUUUCUAUAAAUGUAACUGUUGUAACCUUGAAAUUUGAGAUUUAAUUUAUAUAUCCACAUAGCUUAGACUUCAUUGCACAGGGAUAAUAUCUAAUGUAUAGUAUCUGUAAAUGUUAUGCAUGUUAUAAUUGCUUUAGUUGUGUGUACUGUGUGUGUGUGUAUACAUAUAGAAUUGGUUGAUCUAAAAUUGGAUGGAAAUGUAACUUGUAACACUUAUGCAGGAUCAAAAUCACUCAUGAAUUUGGUAAACAUACCAACAAUUAAGUUGUUAGAUGGUGCUGAAAGCUAUAUGUAUUAAACUGCCAAAAUUGUCUGACCCAGCUCAUCUUGGAUUGGUGUUAAUACAGCGAUGAAAUUACAUAGACGAGCAAGUUAUCUUGAUAAGAAGAGUAGAGUACCAGGACAAACAUGCCUCUGGAACAGCUGCUAUUUCUUUGUGUUCAAUUAUACCCUGUAAUUUUAAUACUUUUUUAAACUGGCUGAUGGACUGACAAAUGGCACAAGAUAUGACCUUACUAUACUAUACCAGUGCCAUGAAGUCCUGCUGUUGGCACUUAAAAUGAAGUAGUAAAUAACACAAACAUACUUGACUAUAUUUAACUUUAAAAGUGGUGACACAUUUUACAUAUGCUUGUAUAAGACUGUUCCAUCUUUGGAAUAAAAAUCUUUCUCACUGAA